AUGUCUAAAGGCAUACUUACGGGUAUACUUGAUGAUAUUUCAAGCCCUUCAGAUGUGACAGGAUCCUGCCAAGCCGAAUUCUGCACCUGGGAGCCGUAUCAAACGCUUGCCGUAUGCUCUUUCGUUGACGACGUUUCCGCAGAGGGAGCCAUGUAUGAUCCCGUGUAUGUGCUCGGGCCUGAUUCUCCAAAUGGUUCACCAAUGUAUUCUGUUGGCCCAGAGUCCUGGAGCCGGGAUCAAAUGGGUGUUAAUAUAUCUGAAACAUUCUGGAUGAACACACAGGUUGAUUGGCAGGAACCGGAUUCCCGUGCAGAGGGUCAUGAACCUCUACGGAACAUCUCAACCACCUAUGUUGCCUACUAUCCUCCUUGCGAUCACGAUGGCAACCCAAGAACAGAUUGGGUAGGCCAGAGGGACGAUGCGGCUAACUGGAAAGGUUUUCGAGGCAGCUUAAUUUUAUGUCUUCAAACGCUGAACUCUACUUAUAACUCGACGAUGCAGACCAAGGUCAUUGACACGCAGAUCGACUUAGACUGGCAAAUAAAGCCCGGAGUUACGAAUAAUAGCCAAUACCGGUACUGCGUUACGGGCCGGGGUAAUGAAGAAUAUUGCGUGGGCGAUACGGACAUCACCGAAUGGGAAUACCAGAUGGCAACAUCACUUACCGGUGCAGCUGCUAUAUAUCCCAACGAGGCCAACUAUACCUUCUCCGGUCAACUUGCCCCUAAUAUUGUUAUCGAUGUCCUCGGCGACAGUCCAGCGUACUGUAACGGAUCGAACGUAGAAGGAGGCUUCGAACGAAGGAUGAACAACAUUGCCAUCUCGAUGAGCAACGCCCUUCGUACUGGAAACAACGCAGUGCCCUUCCGAGGUACCGGGUGGACCAAAGAGCAAUUCUUCGACGUCACUUUUUACUGGAUGUCUCUCCCACUCGCGAUAUACCUCACCAUAACGCUUUUUCUCUUUUCCACCAUCGUUACUUCGAGCAAAGCUGAUACGCCGCUGUGGAAGUCGUCGCCACUCGUCUUGCUGGAAGCUAUGAACUCGUCGAAUCGUAUGCAAAGUUUAAUCCAAGUAGAGUCGGAGGCGCGCGGUACGGCUAUAAAGUUGCAACAUACGGGUGGAAAUUGGCAUCUGCAGACUAUGCCGGUAUCCAGCGAAAAUAAAGUGCAGAUUGCGUAA